UAAAGCACCACGGAGGAGAAGCAGCUCCCCGAGGAUGUUUUUCCUGCCUUUGUGCCCUUCCCCGAGCCUCUCUCUCCGUUUCCCAGGCCGACAGAGCCGGCCCUGGGCUGCACCUUUCCCUGGAGCCCAGCCCAUCCCAAACAUUCGCGGCUCCUCCGGAAGCCUCCUGCCAGCUCUGCCCGCUCAAAGUCACCUUGUCCCAGCCCGCCGCGCUCCGGCCUCUCCCGGCAAAUCAUUAAUCGGCUCCUCGGCAUUCCCGCAUGGAAAAAUGCCCCAGCGGGUGCCCCCGGCCUGGCACUCGGACAUGCAGCUGCCCGGGAAGCUGCUCCUGUCGGCGGCCGCGCUGCUGCUCCUGUCCCUGGCCUUCAGGUUUUAUAGGAACCGCUCGCCUCCCCCGGGAAAAAUCCCGCCGGGAGAGCAGCGGGAAAAUCGGGAUGGGGAUGGGGUUGGGGUUCUGAGGAGGAGGAGGAGGGAUGGGGGGGACAAAUCUGGGAAUGGCCCCGGGAUGCUGCACGCGGCUCUCGGCGGGGAGCAGAGCUUUCCAAGGAAUGAGGAGGAGGAAGGAGAGGAGGUGGGUUCGGAGCUGAUUCCCAGGAAAGCUCAGCUCGGUCCGGCCAGGAUGGAAAAGGAAUUGGGAAGGAAACUGGGAUGGAAGUUGGGAAUUAAAUCAGAAGGUGAGGCGGAGGUUGAGCUGGGGAGUGAUCCCGGGAGCAGGACGGGAAGCGAGCUGGGAAAAGAGCCGGGAAGAGAGCUGGGAAGUCAGCCAGGAAGCAAGUCGGGAAGCAGGCUGGGAAUCAAGCCGGGAAACAAUCCAGGAAGAAAGCCAGGAAGUGAGCCAGGAAGCAAAUUGAUAAUGAAGCCAGGAAAUGAGUCGGGAAGUGAGCAGACAAACGAGCUGGGAAAUAAAUUGGGAAUUAAGUCAGGAAUGGAGCCGGGAAAUGAACCGGGAAGUAAGCUGGAAAGUGAGGCAGGAAUUGAGGUGGGAAGUGAGCUGGGAAGUGAACCAGAAAGUAAGCUGGGAAGGAAGGCAGAAAUUUUGCUGGAAAAUGAGCCGGGAAUUUUACUGGGAAGCGAUCUUGGAAGCAAGGCUGGAGUCGAGGUGGGAAGUGAGCCGGGGAUGUCGCUGGGAAGCGAGCUGGGCUCUCACGACCCCGGGGCCGUGGCCGGAGCCCGGGGCAGCCCCGCAGGGAGGGACGCAUCUGCCCCGAGCUCCCGGCGCUCCCCAGGGAUUCCCGAUGCUCGGACAGAGGGGGAUGGAUGCGCCCAGAGCACGGAGCAGGAUCCGGCUGGAGCAGGGAGGAGCAGGGAGGGCAGCCCGGGGACAGUCCGGACCCUCAGCGUCACCUCCAGCCUGGGGCUGCUGCUGACGGCGAGCGAGGCGGGCUCGGACACUUCCUACUGCUUCUCCUCGGUGGCCAAGAUCCAGGUGGAGGAGAACUUAAUCCCGGAGCGCCGGGACAAGGACAGGGACAGCCCGCCCAGGCCUGGCCUGCGGGGCAAAGUCUACGACUACUUCGUGCAGUCCACCUCCGAGUCGGUGUCCAGGCGGACGUCCCUGCCCUUUGUCCCUGCGGGGACAUCCCAGUGUCACAGGGAGCAGGGCCAGGCAGAGCCGUGGAGCCCCGGAACCCAGGGGGAGAAUCUAGCUUUGGAAAUUCCUGAUCCCGACACCUCCUCAGCUCCACAGGAGGGCACGGAGAGCCCCCCCGAGCCACCUUCUCCUGUCAGGAAGAGCAGCAGCCCGGGGAUCUCCCCCCAGCUCCCGCUGCCCGGUGGGGUUCCAGCUGCGGCUCCUGAGCCGUCCCAGGCGUCACCCCCCGGCCAGGUGCACCUGGGGAACUGCUCCGAGGUUCUGCGCGCUGCCAAGGCGCAGCAGCUGCGGACCCUGCAGGACGCCGCGCUCCAGGUGAUGAGCGACAACCUCCUGCAGGUGCUGCGCUCCCCGGCCAUCUACGGCCGCCUCAACGCCGGCGAGCGGGAGCUGCUCCCGGCGCUCCGGAGCCGCGGGCGGCCGCGCCUGGUGGUUGCCGACGUCCCCCCGGCCGAGCCCGGCCACCGCCGCGGCCGCCUCUGCUACUACGACGAGGACGGGGACCGCUGGUGCCAGCUGUGCCAGCUGCCGGCCGAGGUGGCCGGGCGGGGCUGUGCCGUGUGCUCCAUGUUCAAUUACCUGUUCGUGGUGCCCGGCUGGGAGGGCGCGGGCCCGGCGCGGAGCCCCUCGCGCCGCGUGCUCUGCUACGACCCCCUGGGUGACAGCUGGCGCGACAUCUGUCCCCUGCUCCAGGCGCGGCCGCAUUGCCAGCUGGUGGCCCUGGACGGCCACAUCUACGCCAUCGGGGGCGAAUGCUUGGCCACCGUGGAGCGCUACGACCCCCGGCGCGACCGCUGGGCCUUCGCCGCCGCCCUGCCCAGGGACACCUUCGCCGUGGCCCACGCGGCCACCGCGUGCGACGGGGACAUUUACGUCACCGGGGGCACCCUGCGCUCGCUGCUGCUGCGCUAUGACGCCCGCGGGGACAGCUGGGCCACCAGCCCGGCCAUCGGUGACAAGGACAGGACGGCCGAGCUGGUGAGCGCCCACGGGUUCCUGUACCGCUUCCAGCUGCGGCGCGGCGCCGGCGGCACCGAGGUGGCCGUGUCGCGGUGCAGCGCCAGCGCCAGGCUGUGGUACCGCUGUGGCAGCCACCCCCUGCCCGAGCCGGCCGGGCUGCGCUGCGCCGCCCUGGGCGGCCUCGUCCACUGCCUCGGCCGCGGGGUCCAUCUCCGCUUCCUGGCCGACCCCGUCUCGCCGCGCUUCGGGGCCAAGGAGCUGCGGCCCUUCCCAGCGCCCCACGGGAGCCUCCUGCCCGCGGUCCUGGUGCUGCCCGAGGGGGGCACGGAGCCACCCCGGCCCUGAGGGGUCCCCAGGGAGCGGUGGCAGCUGGGGAAAGAGGUCCCAGGCCGAGCUGUGCAAUCCAAGCCCUUCAUGGACCCGACUUAUUCCCACACCCUGGGAUGCAGGAAGGGAUCAAACCCUUGGAUCUGGCCUCUUCCCGCUCCCUGGCAUGGAGAAAGGGAUCAGAUCCUUGGAUCCGGCCUCUUCCUACUGCUCAGGAUGUAGGAAGGGAUCAAACCCUUGGAUCUGACCUCUUUCCUCACCCCGGGAUGCAGGAAGGGAUCAAACCCUUGGAUCUGACCUCUUUCCUCACCCCGGGAUGCAGGAAGGGACCAAACCCUUGGAUCUGACCUAUUCCCACUGCCCAGGCUGGAGGAAGGGAUCAGAUCCUCGGGCGCUGCCGGGAAUCUCAGCCCGGAGGAGGCUCCAGGAAGAGCCGGGAGGAGCUGGGCGGACUCGUUUGCUCAGGGGAGGUUAAACAGGGCCGUGUUUGUUUGGGCGGCAGCAAAUCCCGGAUCUCCGCGGGCUCCAGCUGUCCGGGCACCCUUCGGGACCUGAUUUAGACCUGACUUAGGCUCCGGGUGGGGAGCAUUGACCCGGACACGGAUGGGGAGUGGUUUAGGGUGGAGGUUGCCAAAGCUCCGCCAGCAUCACUGGGACACCUCACUCACCCUGGGAAGAGUUUGGGGCUGGCCUCGUUAUCUCUUAUCUCGUUAUUUCUCACCUCCUCCUCAGAGCGCUGUUGUCUGUCUUUAAUCUCUGAGUAAAGCGGCGCUGGGGGUUUGGGCACAGCUGGGCCCAAAUUAAAGCGAACAUCGGUGAAAUGAA